AUGUUGGCCCCGGGCGUCUCGCCGAGCUCUCGGGCCAGCGCGUGGCCACGGCCUAUCCUGCUCCAACGGGCAUGGCGCCAGCUCAAAGGGAUCGAGACACCUGAGAAUCCGGCGCUAAUCGGUGUGCGCAAUCAGACGGCUACAACAUCAAUGUACCAAAUCAAUGAGGGGUUCGGGACUUUCUACUCCUCCAACUCAUGCUCAUCACUCCUACUUCCUCUAUCGGGAAUUCCUAUGGCUGGUCGUCCUGUCCAGUCUGGCCAACCACCGCUCACCGUGGCUGGACUUGAACCAGACAAGGUUUGA